AUGGCGGGAAUUACCCACUCGCACGAUGGCAACCACUCACAUUCGCACUCACACGACACUUUCAACCCCGCCGAGCACGGCCACAGCCAUGAAAUUCUCGACGGCCCGGGUAGCUACCUCGGCCGCGAAAUGCCGAUAGUCGAAGGGCGGAACUGGGCCGACCGCGCCUUUACCGUUGGGAUUGGCGGCCCUGUCGGCUCAGGCAAAACCGCGUUGAUGCUAGCACUCUGCCUGGCGCUACGGAACCGUGUGUCGCUGGCGGCUGUGACCAACGACAUCUUCACACGGGAGGACGCCGAGUUUCUGACGCGGCACAAGGCUCUCCCCGCGGCGCGGAUCCGGGCCAUCGAGACGGGCGGCUGCCCGCACGCGGCGGUGCGCGAGGACAUCUCGGCCAACCUGGCCGCGCUCGAGGACCUGCACGCCGAGUUCGCCACCGACCUGCUGCUGAUCGAGUCCGGCGGGGACAACCUCGCCGCCAACUACUCGCGCGAGCUGGCCGACUACAUCAUCUACGUCAUCGACGUUAGCGGCGGCGACAAGGUGCCCCGCAAGGGCGGCCCGGGAAUCACGCAGAGCGACCUGCUCGUCGUCAAUAAGACCGACCUGGCCGAGGCGGUCGGCGCGGACCUGGGCGUCAUGGAACGGGACGCGCGCAAGAUGCGCGAGGGCGGCCCGACCGUCUUCGCGCAGGUCAAGAAGGGUGUUGGCGUGGAGCACAUCGUGAAUCUGAUCAUGAGCGCGUGGAGAGCGAGCGGAGCCGAAGAGGCGAGGAAAGCUGUAGGAGGCCCGAAGCCAACUGAGGGUUUGGAGGAGUUAGAGGGCUAA